AUGUUCUGUGAUCCAGAGUUGAUGUGUCAUAUUCAUUUUUUGGUUAUUUUUUAUCUAUUAUUCUAAUGUUUCUAAUUCAGUGAUUAAGAUUAAGGAAGCAAAAUUAAUGAGCUAGGAAUGUUAAUAUGAAUUAUAAACAGAAGAGCUCAGCCUUAUUAUAUUAUUGAAUUUUGUGGUUUAUGAGUCAUAUUUCUGACUGUUGCUCUAUUAGCAACAGGUAUUUCCUUGACAAUCAGAUGACAAGUACCAUAAUUUUUGGUAUAAAUUACAAAAUUUCUCCUGAAAAAGUAGGUUUAUAAUUUAAAAAUGGAUAUUAAAUACCAUUGUAUUGAGAUAAAAGAAGAGAAAAAAGAUGCUGAUUGUGAUAAAACAAUCUAUAAGGAAGAAAUGGACAUUUCGGACCAGGACAAUACCUUUUCUGAAAACAUAGUCAAAAGUGGAAUUAAUGACCAAAAUGAUUCACUAAAAAUGUUCUCCACUUUCAAAGUGGAAGAAGCUGAACAUAAUGAAGUGAAUGAUAAUAUUUCUGAAUAUGUUUCAAAUGAACAAUUGAUUGAUACUAAGGAGUAUAGUUUGAGUAAACCCAGUUUGGAAAUAUCUUCUGGAAAUGUAGAUUUAAAAGAAAAACAACAUGCUUGUCACAUAUGUGAUUUUGCUACAAAUCAGUUAUCUUCUCUCAAACGGCAUCUUGACUGUGUUCACUUAAAAUUAAAGCAAUACAAAUGUGACCAAUGUAAUUAUGCUGCAACUGAGAAACAUAAUGUAAAAACUCAUAUAGAAUCUGUUCAUUUGAAUUUAAAACAACACAAGUGUCACCUAUGUGAGUUUGCUACAAACCUUAAAAAGUACCUUAAAUCUCAUAUCGAAACUGUUCAUUUGAAUUUGAGAAAGCACAAGUGUCAACUAUGCAAUUUCGAUACGAAUCAUAGAAAUCUUCUAAGAGGGCACAUAGCUUCGGUUCAUACUAAAAAUAAACAAUAUAAGUGUCACUUCUGUGGUUAUGAAACAAAUCAUAAAAUUGAUCUUGAACGACACCUUGACUCCAUACAUUUGAAGUUGAAACAAUAUAAAUGUGAAUUUUGUGAUUAUGCAGCAGAUCGAAAAGAUUGUCUCAAGCGGCACAUUAAAUGUGUCCACACGGAUUGUCAGAAACACAAUUGUCACUUAUGUGAAUUUGUAACAACUUUAAAAAGUAAUCUCAAAAAACAUAUUGAUUCAGUUCAUCUCAAAUACAAGCAGCAUAAAUGUCACAUGUGCGAUUUUGCAGCAAGUCAAAAAAAUGUUUUGAAAUUACAUAUAAAUUCUGUUCAUUUGAAACUGAAAGAACACAAGUGUCACUUAUGUGAUUUUGGUGCAAAUCGUAAAGGUCAUCUUAAACAUCAUAUUGAAUAUGUUCACAUGAAUUCUAAACUACAUGAAUGUCAUUUGUGCAAAUUCACUUCGAACCUCAACAGUAAUCUGAAGAGACACAUAAAUACUGUUCAUUUGAAUGUGAAACAGCAUAAGUGCGAGUUAUGUGAUUUCACAGCAAGUCAGAAAAAUAAUCUGAAAAGUCAUAUCGAAUCUGUUCAUUUGAAUCUAAAGUUAAACAAGUGUCAGUUUUGUGAUUAUGCUGGGAACCACAAAGGUAAUCUCAAAAUUCAUAUAGAAACAAUUCAUAUGAAUAAAAAAAAGACUUAGAAACAUUUGAUAUUUUUUCAUUGUAUUAAUGUGGGAUGCAUCAAAAAAUUAAAUAAAACAUUAUAAGCUUGAAUUAAAGAUGACACCAUUCAACUUUUCAGAGUAAAGAGAAUUACUGUUCCAGAAGCUACAAUCACUAAUUGCAGAUACUUGAGGCCACAAAACACAUCCUAUAUCUACUACGUUCUAUAAAUCUCAAGGAAGUGUACUUUGUAUUUGCCGCAGAGGUUUUCCAAAAGUUCAAUAUGAGUUUUUAUUUUAUUAACAGAUCCAGAUGAGUAAUGCUACGUUUACAGGCAAAAAUUUCUUGAGGCCUGUCUAGCAAAUACUCUUAAAAAUAUGUAAUCAAAAAGCAGGUUUAGUGGCCUUAAGUACUGAAGUUGCUUUAAAAUUAUAGAGGUCUCACUUUUGCUUAGUAAGAGUUGAAAUAAAGAAGUAUGGUUUCGUUUCCAAGAACUCUUAGUGCAAUUAAUUUUGGUUAUAAAAUAAGGUAGAAAUAUGUUAGUAUUUAUUGUAUUUUUUACAUCAAUAUCUGUAAGUUUAAAUGACAAUAUAAAAAAUACAUGAUACAGAAUAUUUGCUCAA